CUGGCGGCGCGCUCGGGGCCGCGCAUGUGGGGGCGGCGCGCCGCCAGCGCCCCCGGCCCCGCCAUGGCCCUCAAGGCCGAGGGCGCCGCGGCGCUCGACUGCUUCGAGGUGACGCUGAAAUGUGAGGAGGACGAGGACGAGGCCAUGGUGGUGGCCGUGAUCCCGCGGCCCGAGCCGGUGCUCAGCGUGGCCCCGCAGGAGAAGCCUCCACUGCCCAGGGCUGGCCCACCAGAGGCAGUUGACGUCUGUGAGGAGCCCAAGGAACAGAUGCCUUGGGAGCAGGAGUUCUUGGUGGGGAACAGUCCAGGAGGCAGCGGGCAGGCUCUGUGCAUGGUGUGCGGUGCCGUCAUCUGGGCCCCGUCCGCAGACACGGCCCGUGCACACAUCCUGGAGCAGCACCCUCACACCCUGGACCUGAGCCGGGCCGAGAAGAGCAACAUCCUGGAGGCCUGGAGCGAGGGGGUGGCCCUCUUGCAGGACGUCAGAGCUGAGCAGCCCAGCUCGCCUAACCCAGACCUAGGCCCUGACAGCGACCCUGACUCCGGGCUCGACCCCACCAAGAUGCCGGCAGAGAUCGUGGUUCUCCUGGAUUCAGAGGACAAUGCAGUCCUGCCCAGACGGGUCCGGCCCAGGGGACUCCGCCCUCUCGAACUCCCUGCAGCGCCCCCUGCUGAGCCUGGGACCAGGAAGCCCCGUGGGCAGAGAUGGAAGGAGGGCCCCGGGGAGGAACCCGUCCGCAAGAAGAGAGGCCGGUCUGUGAGCAAAAUGCUGGACCUGAACCCUGACCCUGACCCUGACCCAGACCCAGACGAGCUCUCGCCAGACUCCCCGACAGAGGCUUUUGCUGCACCCGUGGAAGUCCGCCACUUCACCGAUGGCACCUUCCCCCCGGGCUUCGUCCUCCAGCUCUUCUCCCACACGCACCUCAGGGCCUCUGUCAGCAAGAGUCAGCCCAUAGAGGAGGAGGGUGCGCCAGCACCAGGUGAGCCAGACGGGGCAGACUGGUUGCACACCCCCCCCCCCUUGAAUACUCCGGAGCUUCGCGGGACACUGGACCUCCAGGUUAUCCGCAUGUGCACGGAGGAGCCACCUGCCAUCAGCCUCCUGCCAGACUGGCCCAAGCACCCACCUGGUGCCAAGGCUGUGGGAGCAGGUGACCCCGCCAACUGGCCUGCGGUUCUGUCCGAAUCCGAAGCUACUGCAGGGGGACCACCAAAGGCAGGCAGUGGGGUCUAGGCCGUAGCGUGGCAGAGGAGAGAGGAGGAUGCGGCAGGGCCCCCACCGCCUUGGUUUGUUACCCAGAACUGCCCAGUUGGCAGAUGGCAGCGGGCACGGGCAGG